AUGUCUCAACAUUUUUCUAUGUCACAAGGUGAUGGUGCAUUUCCGAGUUUCGAUUGUUCAUACACAUCGAAUGCAUCAGAUGACGAAAAUGAACCAGAAGUUGAAGAAGGCGAAGGUAAUGAAAAACGGAUUAGUGCAUCUCUUGCAAGAGAUUCACUUCAGCAUUUUGUGGAAGUAAUAGUCUCUUACUUUAGUGAUGAAUACCUUCGAAAGCCUAAUGAAGAAGAUCUAGUAAGACUACUAAGGAUUGGUGAACGUCGUGGAUUUCCUGGCAUGUUAGGUUCUAUUGAUUGUAUGCAUUGGAGGUGGAAAAACUGUCUACUUCGAUUAAAAGGUAUGUUUUCUGGAAGACCAGGUAAACCCACAUUAAUCUUGGAAGCUGUGGCAUCAUAUGAUCUUUGGAUCUGGCAUGCCUUUUUUGGGACACCAGGUAGUCGUAAUGAUAUUAAUGUUCUUGAUAGAUCCCCAUUGUUUAAUGAUGUUUUUGAAGGUUGUGCACCCUCUAUUAACUAUGUUGUGAAUGGUCGCACAUACAAUAUGGGAUAUUAUCUCACUGAUGGUAUAUAUCCUACAUGGGCGGCAUUCAUUCCUACAAUAUCACUACCACAAAAUGAAAAAGAAGGUCUAUUUGCCAAAGUACAAGAAGCUAAACGAAAGGAUGUUGAGCGUGCUUUUGGAGUAUUACAAGCUCGUUUUGCAAUAAUACGGAAUCCAGCGCUAGCUCGUGACGCAUCAAUGUUAGGAAAAAUAAUGAUAGUGUGUAUUAUUAUGCACAAUAUGAUUGUUGAGGAUGAAAGAGAUACAUAUAAAACGUAUUACGAUCCAAAUGAAUAUGAUCAAGCUACAAAUGCGUCUUCAAGUAAUGAAAAUAUUGAAGAACCUUUUCAGUUCCAAAAUAGCAACAACCGAAUUGCAUGUUUGGAAACUUACAUGUCUAAUAGAGCACGUGUUCGUGAUGAAGCUAUGCAUAAAGCAUUGAAGAAAGACUUAGUUGAACAUAAGUGGCUCAAAUUCGGUGUUCAAAGUAGGGGCAACAAUAUGCAUUAA